AUGUCCAAGUUUGACGCUGCUCCCUCCAACACCCGCGCUGGUGGCGACGAUGAUGCCUUUCGUACCAAGGGCAACGACUCAUGGAAUGCUCCGCUACCCUCGCAUCAAGUCGCAGAUGAGAGGAUCAAUCAAGAAGAAUAUGCGCGGACUGUGCCAUUAUGGAAAAGAGUUUGGCAAAACAGCUUGACGCAGAUGCUUCUGCUGAGUGUUCAAGCCUUUUGUGGUCCCGCCAUGGCUGAUGCUAUUGCUGGCCUUGGUGGAGGUGGUCUAGCCACUCCUCAAACCUCAAAUAUUGCAACUGCUGUCAACUACACUAUGCUUGCACUCUGCUGUGCCUUGGGCGGUCCCAUCGUAAACAAGCUGGGUACAAAAUGGGCUCUCGUCAUUGGCGCUUGCUCAUUCCCUAUCCGAGGCUCGUCAUACUACUGCAACUCAAAAUUUGGUAACCAAUGGUACCUCAUCCUAGGCGGAUUUUUUACGGGCAUUGGAACGGGAACAUGGUAUGUUGCCGAAUCCGGUACGAUCAUGUCGCUCGCUCCAUCAGGAUCUCGUGGCAAGUACUUGGCUCUUUGGAUUGUUGCCCGCAAUCUGGGACAACUAGUGGGUGGGGCGAUCAAUCUGUCAAAGAAUCACGAAAAGGGAGUUGUUGGCGGUGUAACACCGGAUACCUACAUCGCCUUCCUUAUCAUCGAGUGCAUGGCACUACCGUUCGCCUUUCUCAUUUCGCCGCUUGAGAGAGUAGUCCGCUCAGACGGGACGCGGAUUCUCGUUUCUGAGAAGAUAGGCACCAAGAUGGAGAUCAAGCAGAUUAGGGUUACCAUGACUUCAAAACUCAUCUUGUUGUCCGCGCUCUGGGCCAUCUGGUCAUUUUUCUAUGGUGGCACCUGGUCAACAUAUCUUGCAACCUAUUUCAGCGUCCGAGCUCGCGCCCUCUCUUCUCUCAUUUCGCCUUUCUUCUGCAUCGUUGGAUGCUUCGGUCUGGGUUUCAUUCUCGACAUGAAGGGCUUAAACCAGCGUCGUCGUGCCCAAAUCGGCCUUCUGACUGUCGUUCUCCUAAACCUCGGCGUUUACAUCUGGUCAAUCGUUAUUCAAGCGGGGUUCAAUAGCCACAACCCUGGCAAGAUUGAUUGGGACGAGUCGAGAUAUGCGCGGACUUUCCUGCCAUACUUUUUCGUUCAGACCACAGGCCCAUUGUCGCAGUCGUACAUGUACUGGCUACUCUCCUCUUUUGCAACUGAUGCUCAAGCAAAUGUUCGCAAUGGUGCUGCAUUCCGCGCUCUCGAAGCUGUUGGCCAGGCUAUAUCUUAUGGUAUGAAUACUCAGAUUAAGACAUCACCAAUGAUUGGUUUCUGUGUUACAUUUGGUCUAAUGGCGUUGGCGUUCGGUCCAAUGCUCGUUUUAGUCAACCAAACACCAGACCGUAUCCCUGCUGAUGUUAUAGCUGAGGAGUUGGAACAGGAGGAAAAGAAGGUUGGCAGCUAUACAGUUGAGACCAAGGCUUGA